AUGGAAAAACUCAACCUUAGAUUUAUUGUCAACUAUUGUAGGAACCAAGAAUAUUUGCAUUCCCAUUUGAAGAGCGUCAUCAAAUCAGCAGCUUCAGGCACCAGCCACGGGCACCAGCCAGCGGGCACCAGCCACAGGGCACCAGCCAGUGGGCACCAGCCAGAGGACACAAGCCAAGGGGCACCAGCCAGAGGACACAAGCCAGACGGCACCAGCCAGCGGGCACCAGCCAGCGGACACCAGCCAGAGGACACAAGCCAGGGGGCACCAGCCAGAGGGCACCAGCCAGAAGACACAAGCCAGAGGGCACCAGUCAGCGGGCACCAGCCAGCGGGCACCAGCCAGCGGACACAAGCCAGAGGACACCAGCCAGAGGGCACCAGCCAGAGGACACAAGCCAGAGGACACCAGCCAGCGGGCACCAGCCAGCGGGCACCAGCCAGCGGGCACCAGCCAGCGGGCACCAGCCAGCGGGCACCAGCCAGAGGACACAAGCCAGACGGCACCAGCCAGCGGACACCAGCCAGAGGGCACCAGCCAGCGGGCACCAGCCAGAGGACACCAGCCAGCGGGCACCAGCCAGCGGGCAACAGCCAGAGAGCACCAGCCAGAGGACACCAGCCAGAGGACACCAGCCAGAGGACAUCAGCCAGAGGGCACCAGCCAGAGGACACCAGCCAGCGGGCACCAGCCAGCGGGCAACAGCCAGAGGGCACCAGCCAGAGGACACCAGCCAGAGGACACCAGCCAGAGGUCACCAGCCAGCGGGCACCAGCCAGCGGGCACCAGCCAGCGGGCACCAGCCAGCGGGCACCAGCCAGAAGGCACCAGCCAGCGGGCACCAGCCAGAGGACACCAGCCAGCGGGCACCAGCCAGAGGACACCAGCCAGAGGACACAAGCCAGACGGCACCAGCCAGCGGACACCAGCCAGAGGACACAAGCCAGGGGGCACCAGCCAGAGGACACCAGCCAGAGGACACCAGCCAGAGGGCACCAGCCAGAGGACACCAGCCAGCGGGCACCAGCCAGCGGGCAACAGCCAGAGGGCACCAGCCAGAGGACACCAGCCAGAGGACACCAGCCAGAGGUCACCAGCCAGCGGGCACCAGCCAGCGGGCACCAGCCAGCGGGCACCAGCCAGAAGGCACCAGCCAGCGGGCACCAGCCAGAGGACACCAGCCAGCGGGCACCAGCCAGAGGACACCAGCCAGAGGACACAAGCCAGACGGCACCAGCCAGCGGACACCAGCCAGAGGACACAAGCCAGGGGGCACCAGCCAGAGGGCACCAGCCAGAGGGCACCAGCCAGCGGGCACCAGCCAGAGGGCACCAGCCACCGGACACCAGCCAGAGAGCACCAGCCAGAGGACACCAGCCAGAGGACACCAGCCAGAGGACACCAGCCAGAGGGCACCAGCCAGAGGACACCAGCCAGAGGACACCAGCCAGCGGGCACCAGCCAGCGGGCACCAGCCAGCGGGCACCAGCCAGAGGGCACCAGCCAGAGGGCACCAGCCAGAGGGCACCAGCCAGCGGGCACCAGCCAGCGGGCACCAGCCAGCGGACACCAGCCAGCGGGCACCAGCCAGCGGGCACCAGCCAGCGGGCACCAGCCAGCGGGCACCAGCCAGAGGGCACCAGCCAGCGGGCACCAGCCAGCGGGCAACAGCCAGAGGGCACCAGCCAGAGGACACCAGCCAGAGGACACCAGCCAGCGGGCACCAGCCAGCGGGCACCAGCCAGCGGGCACCAGCCAGAAGGCACCAGCCAGCGGGCACCAGCCAGAGGACACCAGCCAGCGGGCACCAGCCAGAGGACACCAGCCAGAGGACACAAGCCAGACGGCACCAGCCAGCGGACACCAGCCAGAGGACACAAGCCAGGGGGCACCAGCCAGAGGGCACCAGCCAGAGGACACAAGCCAGACGGCACCAGCCAGCGGACACCAGCCAGAGGACACAAGCCAGGGGGCACCAGCCAGAGGACACCAGCCAGAGGACACCAGCCAGAGGGCACCAGCCAGAGGACACCAGCCAGCGGGCACCAGCCAGCGGGCAACAGCCAGAGGGCACCAGCCAGAGGACACCAGCCAGAGGACACCAGCCAGAGGUCACCAGCCAGCGGGCACCAGCCAGCGGGCACCAGCCAGCGGGCACCAGCCAGAAGGCACCAGCCAGCGGGCACCAGCCAGAGGACACCAGCCAGCGGGCACCAGCCAGAGGACACCAGCCAGAGGACACAAGCCAGACGGCACCAGCCAGCGGACACCAGCCAGAGGACACAAGCCAGGGGGCACCAGCCAGAGGGCACCAGCCAGAGGGCACCAGCCAGCGGGCACCAGCCAGCGGGCACCAGCCAGAGGGCACCAGCCAGCGGGCACCAGCCAGAGGGCACCAGCCAGAGGGCACCAGCCAGAGGACACCAGCCAGCGGACACCAGCCAGAGGACACCAGCCAGAGAGCACCAGCCAGAGGACACCAGCCAGAGGACACCAGCCAGAGGACACCAGCCAGAGGGCACCAGCCAGCGGGCACCAGCCAGCGGGCACCAGCCAGCGGGCACCAGCCAGAGGACACCAGCCAGAGAGCACCAGCCAGCGGGCACCAGCCAGAGGGCACCAGCCAGAGGGCACCAGCCAGAGGACACCAGCCAGCGGACACCAGCCAGCGGACACCAGCCAGAGGACACCAGCCAGAGAGCACCAGCCAGAGGACACCAGCCAGAGGGCACCAGCCAGAGGGCACCAGCCAGAGGACACCAGCCAGCGGACACCAGCCAGAGGACACCAGCCAGAGAGCACCAGCCAGAGGACACCAGCCAGAGGACACCAGCCAGAGGGCACCAGCCAGAGGACACCAGCCAGAGGACACCAGCCAGAGGACACCAGCCAGCGGGCACCAGCCAGCGGGCACCAGCCAGCGGGCACCAGCCAGAGGGCACCAGCCAGCGGGCACCAGCCAGCGGGCACCAGCCAGCGGGCACCAGCCAGAGGGCACCAGCCAGCGGGCACCAGCCAGAGGGCACCAGCCAGCGGGCACCAGCCAGAGGGCACCAGCCAGCGGGCACCAGCCAGAGGGCACCAGCCAGAGGGCACCAGCCAGCGGGCACCAGCCAGAGGACACCAGCCAGCGGGCACCAGCCAGAGGACACCAGCCAGCGGGCACCAGUCAGAGGGCACCAGCCAGAGGACACCAGCCAGAGGACACCAGCCAGAGGACACCAGCCAGAGGACACCAGCCAGAGGUCACCAGCCAGCGGGCACCAGCCAGCGGGCACCAGCCAGCGGGCACCAGCCAGAGGGCACCAGCCAGAGGGCACCAGCCAGCGGGCACCAGCCAGCGGGCACCAGCCAGCGGGCACCAGCCAGAGGGCACCAGCCAGCGGGCACCAGCCAGAGGGCACCAGCCAGAGGGCACCAGCCAGAAGGCACCAAGAACAACCGUAA